CAGCCCAGACGGAGGUUCCUGCAUUGCUGCUACUGUUGCAUUGAAGUCCUCAGUGGAUUCCUGCUUCUGAUGCUGGUGGCCAGCAUCAUCACUCUCCUGCGAUAUUUUCUAGAAUUCGCCGAUCUUCCAGUCAAAUAUGCUGAGAAUAAACCUGAACUCUGGAGCAACGAGACCACCACCCCAGUGCCUCCCGGAAGACUUCUUGGACAUCUUUCUCAAUCCCCACUCACAAAUGAGAUGGUUUCUUUGCCAACUAUGGACCCCGUAAAGCCCACAUCCCCUCUCACUUCAGCUUGGAAGAUACAAGAUCCUCCUCAACUCCCCAUGGAGAAGUCCAGUCCAUGGACACAAAUCAUGGUUGCCACAAGGCCUACUUCAGCCAUGACACCGGGGUCUUCACAGCGGCCACCAACAUCAUCCUUGAGUUGGGGGUUUCCACACCAGCUAACCUUGGCCCCAGAAAAGACUCCCUUGCAUCAGCUCGCCACAGCGACGAAGGUGGUAUCCCCUCAACACCUCACCUCCACUGAAAGACCAACAUUUCCUCAACAAAAUACAACAGUUUUGACCUCUUCACGAAACCAAACCUCAGCCACGGGAGGGUCUUCUUCUCAGAGAACUUUAGCUACAGGAUGGAGGUCUUCACUUUAUGACACAACACAGCCAUUGCCUCAGCACCCAACCAUGAGCGCAAAGCUAACUUCUCCACAGUGGUCUGCCACAUCUGCAAAACUAAAAUCUUUUCCGUUCUCCCCAGCAGGUAGCUUAGCUACAAGAUGGCGGUCUUCCACAAAACUAAAAUUUUCUCAGUUCUCCUCAAUGGGAAGUUUAGCUACAAAAUGGAGGUCUUCACUUUAUCACAUGACUCAACCAUUGCCUCAGCACCCAACCACGAGAGCAAAGCUAACUUCUCCACAGCAGUCUGCCACACCUGCAAAACUGAAGCCUUCUCCGUUCUCCUCAGCAGCACCAUCUUCCCUACAAGACACGGCGCAAGGCACCAUCUUGGUAACUCCUCCGUUGUCGACGGUAGCCAUAAAUCGGUCACCUCUCGGUCAUUCCGCUUCAGCCAUGUCGUUGAGUCCCCCAGCUCAGCUGAGUCCACGCACCCGUCUCCCAGUGGGGAGGCCAAGCCUCCCAGAGGCCCUCACUCGUUCCACUUCAUGGACGCCAACUUCAUCUCUCGGUUUUAUCUCUUCUCAACGUCCAUUUUCAACUCUUGAGGUGGCUGAUCCAACCGGUGGAAAUGACACCCGUCAAUAUUUCCAGGGUUCGUUCCGCCUGCUGAACGAAGCUUACAGUUCGAGCUACAGCGACCCAACGUCAGAUGGCUUCAGGAGACUGGCCUCGAAGCUGGAAAAGGUGAUCAAUGAUGUGUUUGUCAACAGUGCAUUAAAAAAGCAAUAUCGGGAAUCAACAGUGCUGGCAUUUGAGCCUGAACCGAUGAGGGCAAAAUUCCUGCUGGGGUUUCACGACAGCCCCCGAGCCCCCAAGCUUCCUCCCAGCACAGUGGCCCAAGAAAUGAAACGUGGCUACCAUGAAGUUCGAGACGCCGUCCUGAUAGAAGAAGACAGCAUACACGUGGAAGAUUACAAUGGAAUCUGUCUAAUAAAACCGGCGUCCUCACUGCCCAUUCUUACUGGUGUAAACCACGACCAGAAACAUCAGAAAAAUCCACCUGGCCUUGGGCAUGGCAAAAAUAUCCAGAAACACCAUGAAUGGCCGUGGGUCACCACCGUGCUGAAAGACGGGCACCCCAUUUGCGCUGGUUGCUUGAUUGCAGCAAACUGGGUGCUCAGCGCCAAGAGCUGUGUGGCACUUGACAACCUCUCUUUAUAUACCCUAAAGCUUGGCUUGUCUGAGAAGCACACUCCUCCGAAUGAGCUGUAUACCGUUGCCAGGAUCAUCCCCCACUCCUCUGAUAUUGUGCUAAUCCAGUUGGCAAAAUCUGUCCCCAUCACUUCUUCGGCCCACCCUGUUUGCCUUCCUGACCCUUCCCGGGUUACACGUCCAGGAACUGAGUGCUGGACCCUCGGAUCCAAGGGAAAUCAUCAUUCAAGCAAAGUCCUUCAGUGGACGGUCAGCUCCCUGAUGGACUGCAUCCUCACGCCGUCCUUGGCAUCAACCUGUGCAAAGACGUCUGAUCACAAAAAGAACCUUGAGUUGACUGCCGGAGGGCCCUUUGUUUGCUCGGGAGAGAAGGGGCAGAUUUAUCUAGAAGGAAUCGUUCCACUCUCUGCAGCAAGCCAAAGCAAGCCGAAGAAGAAAAAUGAGCACCAGCCAACCGCUUUCAUUCAAAUGGCACCUUUGGUUCCAUGGAUCAAGUCUCAACUUUUCCCUUGAAAGGGAGACAAAGUCAAUGGGGAGGUGGAGCUGCAAAAUGUAGGGAGGGCUGAGGGGGGGGAGAGACAUGCUUAGAAUAGCUGGUAACUGAGCUGCAUGUUAAUUUCCUGACUUCUCUUUUGCUUAGUCGCCUUUGGCGAGUGAAAACCAGCUCUAGGCGACCAGCAAAAGAAGCUUUUGUAGAACAAUCACAAUCUAGAUGUGGUCUUUCCUGUGCUUUUAGGCCCUCGGAGCACUGUGCACGAGACACUGAGAAUGGGUUUAUCAACCCUGGUUAGUUGCAAUGUGUGGAUCUAACCUGUGUAGGUUGAAAGAGAAAAGCCUCUAAAGGCUGGUAGUUGCAAAACCAUAUCAGGAAGCAACUGUAGUAAUAACAUGUUUCCUAAUAAGGCUUCUUGAAAGCUUCUGACAGGUCCUUUAGUGCAAACUAGGAGGGAUCAUAUGAUCUUAAUGCAAAUAUUGUAGAGAUAAUUCGUUACUGCCCCAGCUUAGUCACUGUGUUAGAGAGCUUCCAAGAGAUACAAACGAGGCUUUGAAGCAACUAAUUGUGUCAAGGGCACCAACGCAGUGAAGAAACCAGUGGUUCCACUUUAAACCUCAGGCUUGCGGGCAUUAAAAUUGUGGGAGGGUUCGCCAUCUAGUGGCUGCCUGAAGGUCCUACAUAGAAAUGAGUCUUCCAC